CUGAGAGACUCUGCAGCAUCAAUAACACACCCAGAAUAAAAAAAAAAACCCUUCAUUUUCCAGCCUAGACUCCUCUGCUUCACCGGUCAACGCUCCCCAAUUCUCCACACCCAAUUCAUAGAAUCCAAAUCUCUUUCUGUGUUUUUCUCUACUACCUAAAUCCCAAAUGGCUCGGAGGCAAAUCGACUCCGAACCCAGCCGAUAUGCUUCUCUGAUCCUUCUUUUGAUGGGUGUCGCCUCAUGCACUCUGGUUUAUGCGUUCCUUUCUGUGGUGCUCAGACCCUGGGCCGACUCUCCAGUUUCAGAGCUUGAUGCUUCAGCAUUGGAUGGGAGUAGUAGGGCGGAGGUUGGGAGCGAAGGGUGUUGUAGAGGGAUUGAGAAUUUGGAACUUUGGGGGCCUGCGGUGAAGUGGGGUUCUGACUUUAAGUUCAAUUCUUCUAAGGAGUGUUGCAUGGCUUGUAAAGGGAUGUGUAGUGGGAAUGAUGGGCCGUGCUUGUGUGAUACUUGGGUGUUUUGUGGGAAUAGAGAGGCUUGCGGGCCAAAAUUCGGUGAGUGUUGGUUGAAGAAACAGAAGGAUAUAUUAGCUCCUGAUCGGCAAGAAUCAGGGCACAAAGUUAGUUGGACUUCUGGGAUUAUCUUUGGAAAAGGAGAGGGCAUUGUUGGAUUGGAAACAGAGUAUGGUACUCUUCAUAUAAAACUCUUACCUGACUGUGCUCCACACUCUGUGGCUUAUAUUCUUGAGCUGUUGGCAUUGCGCCAUUGUGCGGGUUGCCAAUUUUAUCGAGCAGAAAGCAGGGGAAUGUAUUGGGAUUCACAAGGAAACCACAUAAAAGAUGCUCCUCUUGGCCCUCCAUUUGCUUUGAUUCAAGGAACACUGGAAGCCCUAGGAACCACAUUCAAGAAGAUCCCCACAGAAGAUUGUCCAACAAUAGGAAGGGGUUCGGUUGCAUGGGUUGGUUCGGGCCCUGAAUUCUUCAUAAGCCUGGCGAACCACCAAGAGUGGAAGAAAGUAUACAGUGUGUUUGGUUCUGUUCUUCCCGAAGACAUGGAAAUUGCAGAGAAAAUUGCUCAGCUCCCCACCAAAUUGGAUGUUUGGAACAAAAUCAACGUGUCAGUUCUUGAAAACCCAAUACCCUUACGGCUCCGGAGAAUGAAGAAGAGUGAGGGUGAUCUUAACGUUGCUACAAAUGUGGAAUCAGAGUGAAGAAAUGGUUCUCAUCUGCUCUUAUUUAUACUGCAAUUUUUGGUUCUGCGCAAUUUGGCUGCUCUUUGGUGUGCCCUUUCCUGUAACCUGGGAUUUGUAUACUAAAUUUCUUCUGCCUUUCUCAGAGUAACAAAUAAUUUUUCCUGAGAUGGAAUGCCCUUCUACUAC